CGGCUAGGGACCAGGGGCCGGGGACGAGGGUCCGGCUGGGGACCAGGGGCCGGGGACGAGGGUCCGGCCGGGGGCGAGAAUCCAGAGAAUAAUCCGGGAGCCAGGAACGGCGGCGAGGCCUGCUUGUGUGCUGGGCGGGUGUGGGGGUUCCACGUGAUCCUCCUGCUGCAGGCGCCGUCUCACAACACCACCAGCUGUUUAAUAUGACGAGUCACCCUCGCCUGGGCCUUGAUUGAUGCUUGUUGCACCAUGUUUUGUGUACGUGUUAGUGACCCGUGCAGGCUACGGUGCUGAUGUCCGGCCGGGAGUACAGUGCUAUGAACACCUGCUUGUUUAGCAGGAAGCAGAAAUUAACUUUUAUGGGAUGGUGGUGUGAGGGCCGUCGUAAGAGCAGCUUGGGACUGUGGAGCUGGGGUGACAGCCUUCAGUGUAGAGUAGUCUGGUCAACGUUAGCGAGCCUGGUCCCGUGGACCUCAACAGCUGCUGUUCACACCCUUCAAUCUGACAACUUGUGCAUGUAACAGUGAGGAUGAGCAGCACAGGAGCUAUCCCUAAGGGAGGGGCGAGGCCCAAGCUCAUCAAACCAAGGGACAGUGAUGUCUACGAGAAGCAGGAUGAGAGUGAAAUGCUUGGAGACCCUCUUGAGAAGAAAUUUAUCACACUUAAUGGCUUAGGUUUGGAAAAGCGAGUACCAGCAUUGCACAUAGCUUGGACACAGAAGAGUACCUAUAUCAAGUAUGUUCCACCUCCACUUCCCGAAGAAGGUUUUCUUCCUGCUGGUGCUCGUGAAUCAUGGUUAGAACAGAUGGAGUUUUUAGAACAAGAUUUACGAAAUCUACUUAGUUUGCCUCAUCACAAAUUCUGGUCUCAAAUGGUGUAUGACCCAGCAGUCCAUGAAUGUUUGGAAUCAUAUAUCACCAACAGUUACAGAUGGUACGAUGGUGAUAUAUUGGAAGAUUACUCCAGGCCUCUUGUUGAGACUCUACAUCAUCUGGUGUUUUUAAUAUAUGUUCGUAUGGCAACUUACAAAGAGUCUAAGACAUGUCAUAUAACUCCAUCAAUAUUUGGAGAUAUUAUUUAUGAGCACUUCAUGUUUGACAUAUGCAAGCUGCUAGAUCUGUGUAUGUUGUUUGGUCCUGCCAAUGGCCAGUUAUUGGCUAAAAUGAUAAAUAAUAUUUUCACUCGGCAACCCAAAUAUUAUGAGGAUCUUUCACAAGCAGUGUCUUCCAUAUGCAUGGCUUUAGAGAAGGUUGAAGAUAAGCUGGGUGUGGCCGAGUAUUAUGUUCCUGUAGCUCUUGGAGCACCGAUUGAAAAUUUGUCAAUAUCAGACCUUCAUGAUAUGAUCAUUUACUUAAUAGAUACAUUCUCCUCUAUACAAAUGCUUAUCACAAUCCAUCCACCCGCAGCUAAAUAUUUUCAUGAUGUGGGAUUUGAGCUAAGAAUGGCAUCUUGUUAUGAAAGAGUCAUUCCUGCUCUAAUAGAUAAUGUGAAUGAAUGCUGCAAUGACCCAGAGUGGAGUCCUAAGAUUGCAGAAAAAAUACAGUUGACCAGAUCUUCAAUUCUCAUGGCGUUUAGAGCCAUCCUUCACCACAAAUGCCUUGCACCUCUAUCGGUUGAAUGCCCUCCACCAGUGCUUGUCGGGGAGUGUGUUGAGAAAUUUAUGCAGGUGAUGUCCACGUGUGUUGGAGACAAAACAUUCAUCACCGACUAUUGUUCAACAUAUCCUAUCACUAAGGACUUGGAAUUUUUUCAGCAACAUGGUGGAGACAUAACGAGCCUAAGCUUCAUCAAAGAGGCUGUUGACAUGGUGCUUAAAGAGAUGGGGCUGGCGUCUGGCAUGACUAACCUCACUCUGAAUGAGGUCCAACACACAGAAGUAAAGGAGACUGAGGGUGACACAAGCGGAAUGAAUGGAUAUGCACAAGUUGGAUCAGCAGUACCAAAUCAUAUUGAAUUAGCUUCUUUGGUGUCCAAUGUCCAAGACCUGUUGCCAGAGCUAGGAGCUGGUUUUAUCCAAGAAUGUCUGAAGUACUACUGCUAUUCCACGGAAGAUGUUAUUCAUGCUCUCCUAGAAGGAAGCCUGCCACCUUCAUUGGUCACUCUGGAUCGCUCUAUGCCUGCUCAAGUGGAACAGAAGCCCUCAUCCCCGCCAUUGCCACCCUCAACGGAGGAUGAUACCCAGACAAAAGGAGUCCAACAGACAGACUUCAUGGAUCGGGCAAAUGUGUGGAAUAAUGAUGAAUUUGAUGUGUUCAGUAGAUCAGAUAUUGAUAAGUCGAAGGUCUAUAAAGGCAAGAAACCAAAACACAUUGAAACGUUGGGAACAGAUAAGGAAAGCAUAGAUAAGAUUAAAGAGAUUGCAAGAAAAUAUGAUGAAAGAGGAGGUACGAGUAUAUACGAAGAUGAAUUUCGUUAUGAACCUGAUGAACACAGUGGUUGGACUUACGACGAUGAAUAUGAUGACACCUAUGAUGAUAAUGAGGCAGGAAAUAUUGAUGACCUUGGAGUAGAAAAGGCUGUCAAGAGACGCCCUGGAAUUAUUGGAGCUGGCCGCUUGAACACUCAAAUAGACUAUGCAUAUGCGGAUGAAUCUCCAGAAGAAUCUGAUAAAGAGGAGACUAGUAAAGGUGUUGAAGAUAAAGAAGACUCGUCUCAGAAAGGCCCUAAAGAACAGGUCAGUGUUAGACCCAAGAGCAAAGGUGGCACAAGAGGCGUACAACGGAUAUUUUCUAACUCGAGCAGGAGUAAACAACACACGCCGACCCCAGAGAGAGAAAGCAGUGAAGAAGCAGGCAAGGAUAGUAACACACCAUUCCAAACUGGUUUUAGAUCUUUCUGUGAAGAUCCAGCCAUAAUUCGACAAAGAGCUGAGCAGAGGAGACAAGAGAGAGAUGCACUUCGUAACAGAGGAAACCGAGGAAGAGGUGAGCCGUUCAGAAGAGAGGAUAAUUUGACAAAUGGCACUGAUGGAGAGAGGCCUGGCACAAGGCAGAAGUUCUCCCAAGCUUCUAAUAGGAACAGUGGAAAAGGUUGGCGCCAGGGUCAGGGUGGUGGUGGUGGUGAUGAUGACAAUAGAGGAUAUCGUGGAGGCAAAUAUAAAGAAGACACGAAUCACGGGAAAGCACAAAGUCAACAGUAUCGUCACAAGAUGAUGCACAAGAAUGAACAUAAACGGCAUGGGGCUCAGACCAAGUUUAACAAAAACAGUUAAGGUUGAUGCUGUCUAUUCAGCUGGUAUAUUCUGAAAAUUUUCUUCUACAUGCAGAUAGCUCAACCUUUGAGUCUGCUGCUGUUGUUACCAACUUAUUAUCUUCCAAAGAUAAUUGAUUUUUUUACAAAAAUGUUUAUAUUACUUUCUCUUGAUAAAGUAUAUUUAUUGGCCAAUGACUGGCUUCUGUUUUGCUGAGGAAUGACUUUGAAAUAGAUUGUGAUAAAGCUAUGUAAAAUGAAUAAAAUUUGUUGCUUAA